GUGACUGAGGGCACUCCCUCCUGGUGCGUUCACGAACCCCCGACUGCCGUGGGAUAAUUUAGAGUCGAAGCGCCCGAGGCUGACAAAGUGCCGAUUAGCCUUCGCAGCGCCGGUGCCCACCUGCAGCUUUCCGCCGAGUAAAAAGAAACACAGCCCCCCGAACGCUUCGACCGCCGACAUGAAUAACUCCAAAUCAAAGGGGUUCCAACUUCUGACGUGAAGCCAACUCGAGUUGGACAAUGUAUCUGUUCGUGAAGAAGAAGAAGUUUAAGUUUCAAGUGCGCUUUACUUUAGAGGAGCUUACGGCAGUGCCUUUCGUUAACGGAGUACUUUUCUGCAAGAUCCGCUUGCUUGAUGGCGGGGACUUUGCCAUCCUGUCAUCCAGGGAGGAAGUGCAGCACAACUGUGUCAGAUGGGGGAAGAAGUUCUCCUUUGUGUGUAAAUUGAGUGCUAAUUCAGUCACUGGAGUGUUGGACCCCUGCAUCUGUAGGGUCUCUGUCCGCAAGGAGCUCAAAGGAGGAAAAACCUUCACAAAGCUGGGUUUCGCUGAUCUCAACAUUGCAGAAUUUGCGGGUUCAGGCUCCACAGUUCGCUGCUGCAUCCUGGAGGGUUACGACACCAAACACACCCGUCAGGACAACUCAAUUCUCAAGGUGACAAUUGGAAUGUUGCUCCUGUCCGGCGAUCCAUGCUUUAAAAUUACAACCAAAUCUGUCUCUAUCGGCGAUGUGGACCCCAGCCUUCAGCUGGACCGUAAGGGUGAUAGCACUGAUGUCAAAAUGCAACCACUACAAACUAUUAUGGAGAAACCCUGCGCCCUUGAUCCUCGACAGACAUCAGUUCAUAGCUCAGGUUUGCCGGAGGAGGAAGAGGGUGUCUCUAACCCAGAUGAGUCUGUUUUUCACGCCGGACAUUUACGCAGCUCCAGCUUUGCCAGCCAGCACAGCAAACUCUCAGGUUACAGCACAGAUCACUCUCAUUCCUCCAGCCUAACUGACCUCACUCACUACCGGAACGCCUCCUCGAGCAGCAGUUUUUCAUGUAAUUUUGCACACCAACAUACUUCCACCAAACCAGAGAGACCUCCUCCACCCUCAGUCGUUGCCAUCAUGUCCAGCAGAUCUUCCAGAAAGAAGAACGUGAUGGAGAGGCAGCACAGCUGUGUGGACGAUACCCGCCUUGAUGCUGAUGACAUUGUGGAAAAGAUUGUCCAGAGUCAAAAUUUUUCAGACAGCAGCAACAAUGAAGACAGCAGCUUGCAGUUGUUUGUCAGCAAAGAUGGGACCACAACCCUCUGUGGGACACAGCUUGCUAACAGUGUGACACCUGGCGUGUUUGACGCUGUGAUCUUAGAGACUCACUCAACUAUCUUGUCAGUCACCUGAUCAACUUUCCAAAGUUUCUUUUAUAUCUGAUUGUAUGUGACUAUGCACCUUCAAGUAUGUUCACAUCUAAAGUCAGUACAGACCACUUUAUUUAAGACUACGAUUAGCUACCUGUUUUUCACAUUAAAUUAAGGAGAAUGGGGUUCAAGAGCUGAUUUAUAUUUGUUUUUCUAUAGUUUACAUACUAACCCCAAAGCCAGUGAAGUUGGCAUGUUGUGUAAAUCGUAAAUAAAUAAAAAAGGACAAUGAUUUGCAAAUCCUUUUCAACAUAUAUUCAAUUAAACACAUUGCAAAGACAAGAUAAUAAACAGUCCAACUGGUAAAUUGUAUUAUUUUUUUGCAAAUAUUAGCUCAUUUGGAAUGUGAUGCCUGCAGCAUGUUUCAAAAAAGCUGGCACAAGUGGCAAAAAAUACUGAGAAAGUUGAGGAAAGCUCAUCAAACACUUAUUCGGAAAAUCCCACAGGUGAACAGGCUAAUUGAGAACAGGUGGGUGCCAUGAUUGGGUACAAAAGCAGCUUCCAUGAAAUGCUCAGUCAUUCACAAACAAGGAUGGGGCGAGGGUCACCACUUUGUGAACAAAUGCGUGAGCAAAUUGUCGAACAGGUUUAAAACAUUGCUCAACGAGCUAUUGCAAGAAAUUUAGGGAUUUCAGCAUCUAAGGUCUGUAAUAUCAUCAAAAGGUUCAGAGAAUCUGGAGAAAUCCCUGCACGUAAGCGGCAAGGACGCGUGACCUUCGAUCCCUCGGGUGGUACCGCAUCAAAAAGCGACAUCAGUGUGUAAAGGAUAUCACCACAUGACCUCAGGAACUCUUCAGAAAACCACUGUCAGUAACUACAGUUUGUUGUUACAUCUGUAAGUGCAAGUUAAAACUCCAUUAUGCAAAGCGAAAGUCCUUUAUCAACAACACCCAGAAACGCUGCCGGCUUCGCUGGGCCCGAGCUCAUCUAAGAUGGACUGAUGCGAAGUGAAAAAGUGUUCUGUGGUCUGACAAGUCCACAUUUCAAAUUGUUUUUGGAAACUGUGGACAUUGUGUCCUCUGGAACAAAGAGGAAAAUAACCAUUCGGACUGUUAUAGGUGCAGAGUUCAAAAGCCAGCAUCUGUGAUGGUAUGGGGGUGUAUUAGUGCCCAAAGCAUGGGUGACUUACACAUCUGUGAAGGCACCAUUGAUGCUGAAAGGUACAUACAGGUUUUGGAGCAUGAUAUUUUACCAUCCAAGCAACGUUAUCAUGGACGCCCCUGCUUAUUUCAGCAAGACAAUGCCAAACCAUGUGAUACAACAGCGUGGCUUCAUAGUAAAAGAGUGCGGGUACUAGACUGUAGUCCAGACCUGUCUCCCAUUAAAAAUGUGUGGCACAUUAUGAAGCAAAAAAUAUGACAACAGAGACCCCGGACUUUAGAACAACUUAAGCUGUACAUCAAGCAAAAAUGGGAAAUAAUUCCACCUGAAAAGCUUAGAAAAUUGAUUUCCUCAGUUACCAAACAUUAACUGAGUGUUGUUAAAAGGAAAGGCCAUGUAACACAGUGGUAAAAAUGCCCCUGUGCCAUCUUUUUUCCAAGUUAAUGAUUAUUUGCAAAAAAAGAAAUGUUUCUCAGUUCGAACAUUAAAUAUCUUGUCUUUGCAGUCUAUUCUAUUGAAUAUACGUUGAAAAGGAUUUGCAAAUCAUUGUAUUCUGUUUUUAUUUACGAAUUACACAAUGUGCCAACUUGACUGGUUUUGGGUUUUGUACUACAGGUAUGUGAGUAUGCAAAAAUGUGUUUAUUUAGACUAAGAGAUAUUUAAACUCACUAUCUUGUGAACAUUUUGAACCACUGGUUAAACCCUUUUUUUGUAGAAAUCACUUACUUUUUUGUUUACUUAAUGCAGCUUCUCUUCAAGAGGAAUUUGAGUAGGUGUGUCCAAAGUGAGGCCUUUUGAUAAAAACACAAUUAUAGGGUGUCUUCAUUUUA